AUGUACGGCUCCACGACGGACGCCUCGUCACUGCCUGAUGUAUCCCAGCAAGAUACACACGCCGACGUCGAGGCCCUGCGCGCCAGUUUUGCGACAGGUGCUACGAAAGACGUGGGGACACGCCUAACGCUGCUUAGAGCGCUGCAGCGUCUCGUCAACGAAAACGAAGCUAUCCUGAAUGAGGCCGUGUGGAAAGAUUUACACAAACAUCCGAUGGAGUUUCUCGUCACGGAAGUGUCGUUGCUUAAGUGCGAAAUCCAGGAUUUUAUCGAUUAUGUCAGCGAUUGGGCCCAGCCCAAAGUCAAAAUGACCAAUAUCGUGAACCUCCCAGGUCUGUCGUACGUCCGACCUGAACCGCUCGGUGUCGUGUGUAUCAUAGGUACAUGGAACUACCCAAUCAAUUUGCUGCUCAUGCCGUUGGUCGCAGCUGUGGGUGCCGGAAACUGUGCGCUCGUACGACUGCCUGGAGAUGACACGACGCGGCACGUGAACAACGUCUUGUUGAAGCUAUUCGACAAGUACAUGGACAAACGCUACGUACGCGUGGUGUACGGGGGUGUCAAUGAGACUAAAGCCAUGCUGCAAGAACAGUUCGACCUCAUCUUUGCUACCGGUGGCACUUUUUUGGGCAAAAUUGUAGCCCAAGCCGCGGCGCAGCACUUGACACCGACGGUGUUGGAGCUCGGAGGCAAGUCACCGUGUAUUGUUGAUAGCACAGCUGAUUUAAAGCUGGCUGCCCGACGCAUUGCAUGGGGAGCGUUUUUGAACGCUGGGCAAACUUGUGUUCGUCCAGAUUAUCUGCUUGUGGACGCAAAUGUAGGAGAUCAGCUCGUUCGGCUACUACAAGAGGAAAUAGUGGCCCAGUUUGGCAGCGGCAACGUGCAGAUGUCGGAAAGUUAUGGUCGUGUGGUCAACCAACGCUCGUUUGAUCGUAUAGCACGUAUCCUGGGAAAAGACCGCGAGCAUGUGACAUUCGGUGGGGAGGUCGACGAAAAGGAGCGCUUUAUCUCACCGACGCUGUUGAAUUUCCGCACGGAUCGCAGCUCCUUUGUGUCAAGUGCUUCGAUGGGCGAAGAAAUAUUCGGCCCCCUGCUGCCGAUCUAUUACUACUCCACUGGUAAUUUCGAUGACCCCAUUGACUUCAUUACUGACCGAAACAAACCACUUGCGCUCUAUCACUUCAGCUCCGACAGGAAGAUGAAGGAGCGUGUGGUGAAUGAAACGUCGGCCGGCAGCAUGGUCGUAAAUGACGUCAUGAUGCAGCUCGCAAACGCUAACGUUCCUUUUGGUGGUGUGGGCGGCUCAGGCAUGGGUGCUUAUCACGGCCACUACGGUUUUGAGGCCUUUUCACACUACAAGACAAUUCUAUACAAGAAUGGUCUGCUGGAUCUUCCGCAGCGCUACCCACCCUACACACCGGCAAAGAAGCGUAUUCUCAGCAUCAUGAUGUACCCGUUUACCCGAUUCCAGAUGCGUUUGUUGAAAACGCUUGGCUUCGCCAUGGUACUUGCCAUUGUCGCGAUCACUGUCAACUGCUUCGUCUAA